UUGCUCCACACUGUCAAUUCAGGUGGUUGGAGACGGCCGGAUCUAGAAAUUUGCCGUCGAAUUGCUAGUGUGUGAGAGAUUUCAAUUUAAAGAAAAUGAAUUAUACGAAGACAUGGCAAAAUUUCAUUGGUUUUGAACUUUGAAGAUAUCAUUACUUUGUAAAAGAGCCUUAAACACAGCCUUUAGAAUCCCAGAAGCUUUAAGCUGCACACCCAAUUCUCUGUUUCCUUUUUCUUCUGAACGCGUAAUGUCUGAGUUAUUGGUAAAUCUGCAUCUAAUUGUAACCAUAGGACUAAUUUUCACAAUGCCCGCGCAUUCGAUGCGUUUCGACCUGGUAUCGGGCAUCACAAAAUGCAUAUCGGAGGACAUCAAGAGCAACUUCAUGACCGUGGGAAAGUACAGCGUCAUCAAUCCCAGUGAAGGGUUUCCUGUUCCUGAUGCUCACAAGAUCACUGUCCGGGUGACCUCGCCCCAGAGUAGCAGUUAUCACUAUGGAGAUCAUGUGGAAGCGGGUAAUUUUGCAUUUACUGCGGCUGAAUCUGGUGAUUAUACAGCUUGCUUUUGGGCGCCUGAUCAUAAGCCCCCAGUUACAGUGACGGUUGAUUUUGAUUGGAGAACUGGCGUUGCAGCAAAAGACUGGUCGAAGGUUGCUAAGAAAGGGCAGCUCGAAGUGAUGGAACUUGAGUUGAAGAAAUUGUAUGACACUGUCACUUCCAUUCACGAUGAGAUGUUUUAUCUUCGUGAGAGGGAGGAAGAAAUGCAACAACUUAAUAGAGCAACUAACUCCAAGAUGGCUACCUUUAGUUUCCUCUCGAUCGUGGUUUGCUUGUCGGUGGCCGGUUUGCAGUUAUGGCAUCUGAAGACAUUCUUUGAGAGAAAGAAGCUCCUCUAAUUUUGCAUUGGCCUAUAAAUUUUACACUUAUCUUGUCUUCUAAGUCGUUAGUUCAUUAGAUGUAUGAUCCUAUUUUGUACUUUGCUUUUUUGAUGUUUUGUGAGCUAUACAUAUUAUCACCAAUGUAUUUCUUUCAAAAUGCCCAGAGUGGACUUGCUAUGAUCCUUGGGUUUAUGUGGUUUGUGUGUUAACCCCGCAAAUAGUUGCACCUCCCAUUGGCAUAGGCAUGCAGAAGUUUAUAGGAAAGUUAAUUCUGAAAUUGUUCAUAGCCAUUCA